AAGUAAAACAAUUUGACGAUUAUUCACAAUAUCUUGUAAAUGAUAUGUUAAAAGAAGAUCAAGUCGAUAACGAAGAAGUUAUCGAUUUAACAAAUGAAGAAGGUGUUAUCGACAAUGUUGGUGAGAAAGGAGAAGAAGAUUUUGAUUACUAUUUUAAGCUCAAUAAAAAUAAUAUGGUUUUACUCGACGAUUGUUGUUUUAUACAGCAUUUUGAAGAUUUGUUAUCAGC